AUGGCUUCGACGGUUCGUAACCACCCCCCGUCUAACCUGAGCACCGUCGUCUACCCCGGGGAAAAUGACUUGGUCAACACAACCGAUCAGAUCAGAGACAUGGACGGAAUGGACAUCGACUCCACCGCAGACAUGCUCAACUUACCAACUGAAUCAUCACCAGCACCAGCAGCCGCAGAAACAACAUGGCCAACUCGCACCGCAGAAGGCAUCUUCCGCCACAUCUUCCUCGUCGACAUCACAGACCUCUACAACUGGAACCCCAGCGAACUCAACAUCCUGGAAGCCGUGCACCUGCACCUAGACGCCCGCCUGAGACUGGGGGACCUGUCCGACCCCAUCCUCUCGAACCCGCAUCAGCACUGGCGCCUGCGUAUUGCCAUUGACACGCGCUCUGAUGAUCGGGGCGGUGCGCUGGCGGAUAUUGUCUUUCGGCUCUCGGCGAUGCAGGAUAUGAUUCGGGAUGGGUUGGGUUGGUUUACUGGGCUGCCGUGGGAGCAUAAGCAUUUUGAGGUUGUGGUGUUGCCGCCAAGGUGA